UCACAGUGCUGUGCAAAAAAAUGGCGUCGCUUGUCAAACAUAGGUAGCAAUGCGUGUAGCUAUGUGAAAUUGUGAAUGUUUGUCGAAAAGGUUAAUAUUUUAUUGUUGAGUUUGCAAAGUGUUAUCUUUAAACUUUAAAUACAAUGGGCCGUUCAAGAUCAAGAAGUAAGUCGCCUCGGCGGCACCAUAAAAGUAGCAAACAUUCUAGGAAGAAGAGUCGUUCUAAGGAUCGUUCUUCAUCAAGGAGUAGAAGUUCCAAACUUAUUGAAAAAUCUAGAGAACGUAGUUCUAAAUCAAGAAAAAGAUCGCAUUCCAUGUCGUCUUCCACCAGUAGUGACGCUUCAUACGAUGGUAGUAGAAGUCAUAGGAAGAAGUCCAAGGGACGUAGCAAAAUGGACGAGGUGGACAGACUAGCUGAAAUGGAAAGACAAAGACGCGUAAGAGAAGCAGAACAGAAGGUGGUGGAAGAAGAAGCAGCGAAAAGAAUAGAGCUGUUAGUGAAGAAAAGGGUAGAAGAAGAAUUAGAAAAAAGAAAAGAUGAAAUUGAACAAGAAGUGGCUAAAAGGGUUGAAGAGGCCAAACGCAAGAUGGAGAAAGAAAUGAUGGAAGAACUGGAGAGACAGCGAGAACAACAGCGGCGCGAGGAGCUUGCUAGACAGGAGGAAGAAGCACGUAAAAGGAAAGAGUUGGAAGAAAUCAUGGCAGAAAAUAAUAAAAAGAUUGAAGAGGCUCAGCGGAAGCUGGCCGAGGAGAGGUUAGCUAUGAUUGAAGAGCAAAGAAAAAUGGAUGAAGAGAGGCAGAAACUGAAAAAAGAACAAGAAAAAAGAAUAAAAGAGGAACAGAGGAAAAUUUUAGGCAAAAAUAAUUCAAGGCCUAAACUUUCUUUUUCAUUGAACACACUGUCAUGAGCGGAGUUCAAUGCUAAAGACGUUGUCGCUUCUAGAUAAUGAGAAUCAUUUAAAAUAAGGUCAUGAUUUACUUUACAGGUUUUACCUAAGAGACAUAGUUCUUAGCUUAGUUUCUGCUACAAUUUCACUGUUUUCUAUAGACAGGAAGUUCUCUAUUAUGUUGGUAGUUAGAACUAAAGGAAUUUAGUAAACCAGGAAGUUGUGAUAGUGGAAAUUUCAACUAUUGGAACAAUUAUGUCAAAUUACCAGUAAACUGAACAGAUGCAUGGAAUUAAUGAUCAAAUCUUUAUAAAUUUGAGCAGUAUGUAGUUGUUAUGAAAUCUUUAGCACAGUAAACAAUAUGUCUAGUUUCCAAAAUAUGAUUAAUUGUUGGUACAUCAAAGUAAUCGUCCAAUGUUGUAUAAUUAUAAAUAAUUUAUUUGUACUGGAGAUUCAUAGUGUUGCCUGGCCAACAGUAAUAUAUUUUUGUGAACUGUAUCAUGAAGUUACAAAUUGUUGAAUAGAUUUAAGAAUUUGUCUGAUCUAAGUGCUGCAGUUACAUUUAGAUGACACUUCACAGAGGAGCCUUAUAAACUUAAAUACCCUUUCUAAUUCAGUAUCAUUCUUUAGUGAAUAACUUAUGUCCAGGUAUAAGUAGAAACUCCACUCAAUUCUUAAAUAGUUUUAGUAUUUUAGUACUUACAAAACUAUAAAAAACAAAAUCAGAAUAGUUUAAAAUUACACCAUUUUAGGAUAUUUAGUUAGGCCGCAGUGGACCAACAAAGGUCAAAAAUCCAUUCCUUGCAAAGUAUGUAAUGCAAUACUUAUUGUUAGCUAUUUCUAAAAUGUAUUACAGUUUUACCAAGUGCCACAUAGUGACAGAAUUCAUACAUACUGUAGCUAAAGCAGUUUCAUUCUAAAAGUUUUCUUUAAGACCCUAAUUAUUAUUUUCAAUUCAAAUUAAACUAUAUUAUAUAGAACUUUAUGAAUGUACAUAUUAUGUUUGUAAAUUUAAGAUACAUAAUUUAAGUUUCAUUGAAUCAUUCUUUAGGAUAAAUAUUUCAUAAUUGAAAUGUUAUACAUAUAAAGUGUUACAUUUCAUUUAUACUUAGGAACGUUAAGUUGGCUGUACAAUGCCCAUUUGGGCGAUAACUUUCGACUUUGUUAGCGAACAAGUGUAUCAAACUGAGUCUUUGUACCCGACUGCAGGAAGGGUAUUGUUUUUCGGAAAGCCAGUUUAAUACUUAAUGUUAUUUCAAGUGAAAAAGUGCAAGUUUAUUUUCUAGGAUCACUUAUAAAAUCAUAAAAUAACUUGCAAAACGAAUUUGACCCCAAAUAUAUAGAUUAAACAUCGAUUUCUGUAAUUUAUUUCAGGUUGAUAAGUGACGGAAAUUGUGUAUAUAGAAGAUUUGAACAUUGUCAUGCAUGCAAACAAACCUUUGAUAUGUUAUCUUAAAAACAUCCCACACAUAAAACUUUAGGAACCAUAUUAUUAUGAUUGACGUAACAUACAUUGUAUGUUGUACAGUUAGCCAAGUGAUUUAGUAUGCAGGAAUGAAAAUAAAGAUUAUUUCAUGUAGAGAGACAUUAUCUAUUGUCUGUUUUCAAACCAAAUUGUGUCGUUUGUAGCCAUUGGAUAAUGACAUUUCUGUGUCUAUAUUCUCAUAUACAUACACCCUACUUGUCUCUAUUCUCAUAUUAUACAUCCUACUUUGUUUCUGUAUUGAAUCAAUCUUUAUUUCAUCAUUUGCAUAUCAAAUAACUUUGCUAAUUUUACGUAUAAUUUCUUUAUUUCUAAACCAUGUAUGUAUAAGUCAAUGACGAUUUGUAUUUAUAGUGUAAGGUAGGAAUUACGCAUUUUGCACAAAGAGAGAUAGGUAUUUAUACAAAUCUACAGCUUGUGAGAAAAGCCUUGGUAUAUGGAUGAGUAAAUCAAUUACUAUCACCACGAAGUGUUAUUAUUGAAUUACGUAUCGACAUGAAAUUAUUAAUGUCGUCUAAACUCUAUGCGUACCUUGAACAAACAAUAUGAAGUGUGUUGGUGUUUAAAGAUUUCAUUUACAAUAAACUUAAAGUUGUCCUGAAACUUCUUAGUAUUAGUCGAUCAUUAUUCAUUUAAUUAAAUAAAUCCUUUCACCGAA